UUUCAAAGCACUUCCUCCCCGGAGAAAAGAAAGCGGAGCGAGCAGAAAGCAGCCCGGAGGACGACGGCGGCCGAAGCCGCGAGCAUUCCCCUGUGGUUCGACGCCUGCUCGGCGGUUAAUGGGGAGAAGAGAAGUCCGUUAACUUCGGUCGGGUGUCGUAGUCCCUAUUCUUUACCCACAAACCCUCCAGCACAGCCCAUCGCCAAUCGAGUAUAGCUCAUUUGCAUAACUCAUCAGCUCAGACAGCUUCAUUUACACACGUCAGUCCACCCAGCUUCACGUCAGAUGCCAUUCAACCUACCGCAGAUGACUUCAACGAAAUCAUUUCCCACCAGCAGAACGACUCUCCGAAUGCAACGCGGCCCGCUGUAGCGGCAGGAGGGCGGGGCGCGGCCGUCGGGCUUUUCCAGGACAAAAACGUCUGUCAUGCUGUCGGGGGCGCAGCCGUGUUUCCAGCUACUCCGCAUUGGCUCCUCGGCGGGGGGCUCGACGCGGGACCUGUACACCUUCAGGCCGGCACCAGGCCACUCUGUAUUCCGUCUGGGUCGGACGGAAGAGCUGUGCGACGUCACGCUGGACUCGCCGUUCGUGUCGUGCAUCCACGCUGAGCUGCACGCCGAGCGCGAGCCCACCAGCAAUGGCGGGGAGGAGGAGGGUUGGAGGGUCCACAUCAAGGACCGGAGCGCUCUUGGCACUUGGGUGAACGAGGUCCGCCUGCAGGCCGGCGUCCGAUGGGAGCUGUCGGACGGCGACUCGCUGACCUUCGGAAACCAGGCGGCUCCCGGCAGUGCCGAGUUCUACUUCCUCUUCCAGAAGGUCAAAGUUAGUCCGCUGGACUUUGACGCCAUCACCGUUUCCAAGGCCGGGACAUUUUCUUCGGACCUGCAGAACCGGAUCCGAACCAAAUCCGAGUGCAAGGCGGCGCCGGGUAUGGAUCUGUCCAAGCUGUCCAUCAAGCGCGCGACCGUCAUCCUCAACUCCAUCGGCAGCCUGAGCAAGAUGGGGGGCAGCACCUGGACCUUCAGGAGGAGCCGCAGCCACGAGGGCGCUGCCUCAGACCCGCCAUCCUCUUCCCCGCCGCCUCCUCUGGCCUCCGGAUACUCGGCGCCGUCCGUCUCGCCCGCCGCCUCCUCGCUGGCUCCCAAGUCCCUGGGCCUGAAGUGCCUGGCCCCGAAGUCCUUGGCGCCCAAGCCCUCGGCACCGGCCUCCAGGAGUCGCAGGAAGUCGGCUCACACGGUGCUGCUGGAAGACAACAACUCGGACGAGCCACGGAGUAGGAUGGUCCCGGCAGGUCUGGAGGAGGAAGCGCAGCGAUCGCAAGGCAGGAAGAAGCGUUGUCUCAACAAGUCGGAUGAUCUCUGUUCGGCGCCACCUCCUCUGCCAUCUUCCCACCAGCGUCCCUACGAAGCCAAACCUUUCCCGGUGGGCAUCAGAACCAUCGGCAGCUUCCACGGCGCCAUGACCAACACCCGCCUGGACCACCGUUGCCAGCAGCACGUGCUCCCCGCGCCACAGAGACAAGACCGCCAGGAGGCCACAGCGCCACCGCCGCCGCCGCAUCAAUUCCAGAACACGGCCGCCUCCCACCGGCAAAGACCCAAGCUGUCGGCGCCGAGGGGCCGUCGGAGGGCUCACAGCACGCCGGUUUUCUCACCCCUGGUGGUGGGAGGAGAGAGCUACAACCUGGCGUCGCCCUCGGUGAGGGUUUGCGUGGCACCACGGGGCCGGGCGGCGUUCAACAGGUUCCACCAACAGCCUAGGCGUCGCGGGCGUCCCCGGAAACACUCGCUUCCUCCUCGGGCCUCUCUACCCUCGCCGUCCUCCUCGUCAUCCUCCUCCUCUUCUUCGUCCUCGUCCUCCUCAGGCCCGUCGUCGUCGUCGUCCUCGUCGGACGAAGACGAGGAAGGGGAGCCGACAAAGGCCGUGCUGUCGGCCGGCGGGUCGGUGGAGCCGUGCGCGGCCCCACGCUGCCUGUUGCCCCAGCACGACCCGGUGCAGUGGAUCCAGUGCGACGUGUGCGAUACUUGGUACCACAUCGACUGUCUCCACGUGGACCGCAAGAAGCUGCUGAGGGACCCCAAUGCUGACUUCCACUGCGGCUGCUGUUGAGGGCCACCGCCAACACUCGUUCAUUUUCAACUUCCUCAUGCCUCCUUGGAAGAAUCCAACGACUCAGGUGGGAUUUUCCUGUCGGUCAUGUUGAAAUUCUCGAGUCCAAUAGAUGCUUUUUUUCCCCCCCGCCUCAGCCUUAAAUAAAACUUUCGGAAAUGUCUACCAGUGACACAGAAAAACAGACAUUAUCCUUUAUUUUCCUGAGGAUCGAGGUGCCAUGGACGAUAAUCUGUUGCGCCGCUGCCAUUCUAUACAGGUAGCUUCUUUUUUUUGACAGUAGCUCACAGGCCCACGUCGUGGUGCUCCUCCUCCCAGGCCACCUUAUUAGGUACACCAUUUUUUUUUAGAUCCAAGUACAGAAAAAAACCCAUUUACAAAAGGAACAAGUGGUUUUGAUUGACAUCCAUAAUUUUUGAUCGCAAUUUUUUUGGGGGGGUGGGUCAGCCAAAUCGAAAUGUUAAUUGGAUCAUUUUCAGGUGGUCCGCAACAUGACUUGCACACUACCUUGAAAGAAUAUAUCAACAAUAUUAGGCCCCAACACCAGUCUGACUUAUGAAUUAAUUAAAAUUUUGGGGGACACCAAGAUGUUCCUCUGCUAUACUUGUAAAUCAAAAGUGAAUGUCUUUGUAAAGGCAGUAUUUUUUUAUUAUGGUGUCCGGUGAUUCCGUCUGUUGGACCUCAACACGGGUUUCAGUUUUCAAAUAGUUUGGGGGGGGGGGGUUAAAAAAUAUACCGUACAUAUAUUGUUCUGCACGGUCGUUUUGGUGCCCCCCUGUGGCUACAUGGUGAAACUUCAGUCAAUGCUAAUCGUCUGAAUGCUAAUGAGGUGGUGGGCAAGCAAUAAUCUGUAAAAGAAAAAAAUUCUUGAUUGUUGGGACAGAGUGAAGUGAUUUUUCUUUGUUGACCAAUCGGAUUGCUUGUACUUCAUAUUCCACUCUGUCACUAGGGGGAGGCAGAGAAUUGGUAGAUUAAAAAAAAUGUGUUCGCAGAACUGGCAAUGUUUGAAGAAACAAAUCAAGUGUUCAGCCGCCGAGUGCAUCGGUGUACCUGCAAGCAAAUUGAACGUUUCAAGUGCGAAUUGUGUGUGAGUUCUGCGUUGUGUGUUGAUCCAGUAAACACAACAAUGUUCAUCAAGUGUUUUGGCUAAUUUAAUGUAAACAAAUAGAGCGCACCUUCACUGACUCGCUUCUCACUGACCUAACCAGUACCUCCAAAAAACCCAAAAUGAUUGCAUCUGGCGUUUUCAUGCGAUACCAAUGUUAAGCAGUGAUAUGACAAAAGUUUUCAUUUCAUAUACAUCCACCGGUAAUCAUGAUCCCAAGCAGAGCGUUAUGGUUGCUGAACAAUUAAAUCGAUUGUCCAAUUAAAUCGCGGAGGUACAUCCAAGUCGUACCUCCGCCGGCAAAACAAGCUGGUUUUCAACAGCCUGUUCAAAUGUCUCUGGUAUUUUUUCCUACCAAUGCCAAGCUUUUCAUGAUGUCCUUGUAACUCAUCCCGAGCCUAAAAUAAAAUUCGAUCACCCCGUCCCAGUGCGUCAUAUAGCCUCGGCCUUUCAAUUUUGAAAGAAAGUGGGUUCGAUUUUUCAUAUUCAAAUGACCCGCAAGAACCCACGUCUACUUGGUGCGUACUUUCUAUUUUGUGUGGCGGUCCAUUAAAAAAAGUAAUUCUAAUAUGACCACACAAAGUGGGCAUAUUAGUUCCAGCGUGUGCACAAAGUAGUUUUUUUCUCCCCAAAUGUCAUGUCUGAUACUCCGUACAAUCACAAGUGAACUGCGUGCGCAAAAUAAAAUGCAAGCGUUUUUU